AAGCUUUCAUAUUUCAAAUAACUGCAGUCGCUUCUCCCAAGUGUUCAUUAAAACAGUUUCUGUAGUUCGCCAUCUUGUCCAGCCUUCAAAGCUUUCAAUUAAAAUCCCAGCCGCUAAUUAACCAAUUAAUCGAUCAAUUGUAUGAACGUUUGUAAUCAAAAAAUCAGAAAUGGGAGUGUCCGUGGAAAUAUUGUUGGCCAUAGUCGCGGUAAUAGUUUUGCUUUAUUACUAUUUUGCAUCGGCUUACAAUUUCUGGUCAUCCCGGGGCAUCAAGGGACCGAAACCUUCUCCACCCCUGGGUAACAUCGCCGAGAUACUUAUGGGUAAACAUAACCCUGGUACAUAUUUACAAAUGCUGUACAACGAGUAUCCAGAUGAGCCAAUAGUGGGAAUUUACCGUGUGCGUGAGCCAAUAGCCUGCAUCAAUGACUUGGACCUGAUAAAAGACGUUCUGAUUAAAGACUUCAGUAAAUUCGUCGACCGCGGAACGGAAAUGUAUGAAAAUCACGAGCCCCUGUCCAUAAAUAUCUUCAACUUGGAACCAAAACGCUGGCGGAUGUUACGGACAAAAUUGUCACCCAUUUUCACAUCCGGUAAAUUGAGGGACAUGUUCCAUUUGAUCGUCAACUGCUCGGAAAGUAUGGGAAAGUAUUUGGAAAAACAUGACAAUGAGGUCAUCGACAUACGAGAACUUUCCGCGAAAUUCGCUACUGACGUCAUUGGAGUUUACGCGUUCGGGCUGAAAGCCAAUGCCCUGGAAGACGAGAACAGUUUGUUCAGGCAAAUCGGCAGGCACAUGUUUGAGGUAAAAUGGACCACGGCGGGUAGAAAUUUACUGGGGACCUUUUUGCCGACAAUUUACCGCAUGAUUGGUUACAUCAUGCGCGAUGACAAGACUCAUGAUUUUUUGAUAAAUGUCACCAAGGAAACGUUGGAGUACAGGCAGAAAAAUAAUAUUGUGCGCAAUGACUUCAUUGAUUUGCUACUGGGGAUUAAAAACCAGGGGAAAAUGAUCGAUGAUGUUGAAAUAACGGAUAAUUUAUUGGCUGCCCAACUGUUGAUUUUCUUUGUGGGAGGAUUUGAAACAACGUCAUCAACAAUGAGCCAUACAUUGUAUGAACUGGCCAUAAAUCAACAUUGUCAAGACCGUUUGCGACAAGAAAUAACCGAGCAAUUGGAAAAAACAAACGGACAAAUCACUUACGACAGUAUAAAGGAAAUGAAAUAUCUCAACCAAGUCUACCAUGAAUCAUUGAGAAAACACCCGGCGCUAAUGAUGUUCACGAGACGUUGCACGGAACCUUAUACAUUUGCGCGGACAAAUGUCAGCGUGCCAGCGAACACCAAAGUCUGGAUCCCGCUGUACGCGAUCCAGUGGGACCCCAAGUAUUGGCCGAACCCAGAAGUCUUUGACCCGGAGAGAUUUAGUGAGGAAAAUAUCAAAAACCGGCACCCGAUGGCGUUCCUUGCUCUGGGUGACGGACCGCGGAACUGCAUCGGCGCGAGAUUCGGCGCCUAUCAGGUCAAAGUAGGGAUAACAAAAUUGCUGAGCGAAUACAAAGUUGAAGUCUGUGAGAAAACUGAUCUAACUCAUGAACUAAAUAGACGCGGUUUUCUUUUGGUACCGAAAAAUGGAAUUCACUUACGCGUCAAAAAAAUAUAAUUUUUUUAUAUUGCAUAAUUAUUUUUAUACUAAAAAUUUGUUUAACUUUGGUUUAUUUUUAUUGUUAAUGAUUAAUUGUGAGUAAAUAAAGUUAUCAUAUCAUAAAGAUAUAUAAGGUCAAGAUUUUUAUAGAAUUUAGAGCAGGGGACGCUAAAAAUCGUAUGCUCGGAAUAUAAAAAAUUAUUAUUAUUUUUUUUUUCUACGGCAUGUCAUAUAAUUUUUCAUAUUUUUCAUACCAACGACCCACUAGCAGAAAAAAUUUCAGUAGUUUUUUCUUUUUUUGUUGUUGUAUUCAACUAAAAAUACUAAGAUAUGAUGAUAUAUGACUAUAUAUGAUGAUAUAUGACUAUAUAUGAUGAUAUAUGCUCAGAUAUGAUGAUAUAUGUCCAGAUAUGAUGAUAUAUGCUCAGAUAUGAUGAUGUAUGUCCAGAUAUGAUGAUAUAUGAUGAUAUAUGACCAUAUAUAUAUGAUGAUAUAUGACCAGAUAUGACGAUAUAUGACCAGGCAGUAUCAUAUCUGUGACCACAUAGAUACUGGGAAUACAUCGGCUAUCUGAUCAUAUAUGCACGUGCACUAUAUAGUUAUCUAUAUGAUUGUAUAGGGUCAGAUAGUCAUAUAUGGCCACAUACGGUCGCGGAUAAUGUUAUAUGCUCAUAUUUUGUCUAUAUGACAUUUUCGUAUAUGAUUAGAUUUAAGUGUUCGUACAUAAUUAUAUAUGAUCAUAUAAGGUUAUUUUUCAGUGUAAAUCAGAUCAAAUGUUAGUGAAAAAUCAUAUAUAUGAUCAUAUAAAAUCAGAUAUGAUCAAAUGAGGUCAUUUUCUGUAUCUGAUGAGAUCUUAGCGCCCACAUAUGAUCAUAUAAAAUCAUACUUGCCAAUUUUUGACCAUAUAUGACCCAGCAGUGACAUUUAUUGUAUAUCAUCCGAUCAAAUUUUUAUAUAUGAUCAUAUAAACUCACUUAUGACCAUGUGUGAUCACAUACAAUCAAAUAUGACCAUAUAUGACCAAGCAGUGACAUUUUUCGUAUUUUAUCCGAUCAAAUGCUCAUAUAUGAUUAUAUAAACUCAUAUAUGACCAUGUGUGAUGAUAUGUAAUUAAAUAUGAUCACAUACGAAUAUUUCAUAUGAUGAGAUAUGAAAAAUGUCAUUAAUUGAUCAUAUAAACUCAUGUAUAAGUAUGUGUAAUCAUAUGAAGUCGUAUAUGACCAUAUAGAAUCAUAUAUACUCAUAUAUGACCAUAAAUAACCAAUCAGUGAAAUUUUUCGUAUCUGAUCAGAUCAAGUGUUCAUAUAUAAUCACAUAAACUCAUAUAGCUGUGUGUGAUCAUAUAUGAUCAUAUAUAAUCAAAUAGUGACAUCUUUCGUAUUUCCUCAUAUAAAAUGUUUGUACAUGAUCAUAUAAGCUCAUAUUUGUAAUCAUAUAUGUAUAAGCACGUGUAAUCAUAUGAACUCGUUUAUGACCAUAUAGGAUCAUAUAUGAUCAUAUAUGACCAUUUGUGCUGAUAUAUAAUUAAAUAAGACCAUAUAUGACCAAGCAGUGACUUUUUUCGUAUCUGAUCAGAUCAAGUGUUCAUAUAUGGUCAUAUUUAAUUAUAUAUUAGCACACAUGGUCAUAUAUGAGUGUAUAUGAUCACUAUAUCUCUGAAAAAAUUUAAAAAUAAAAAAAUAUUUGAACUUUUCUUAACUAAUAAAGUAAAAUAAUGGAAUAAACUGCUUUAGUAAAUUUAAAAAAAUAUUUAUAUA